UGGACAAGAAGUGAAAUUGAGAAAAGAACAAACUGUACACACAGGGUCUGAAGGCGAGAGCUUGUACCAUCUAGUAUCUGGAGGGAGCUCCUGUCCAAAAACUAGCUGAGUAAACAGUGGACAGUGAAACAACUGAGAGACCACGUGGAAGUACAGAUACUAACAGGCACACAGUGCUGUCAACAGGGAGCCAUAGCAUUGUAUGCACAGGGAGAGAGCAGCAGAGAAAUAGCCAGCCAAUGCUAGCAGUUUAUCCAGUUUUAUCACCUGGUAUUACUGUAUAUAUACACUCUUUAUUGUCAGUAACCAGUCCAGCCAGCUUUGUAUGAUUAGGCAUCAACCUGGCUGUGGGGGCUGACCUAAUAAUUUAGUUUACAUCAGUGAGCAGAUUUGUUACUGUAAUAUGAGUCAUUGUGGACACUCUUUAAAUGCCUGGCUUUCCCUUGCCUUGGUUGUGGCUGUGUGGCUGGGGAUGGCUCACUCUGAGGGAAUGCAUAAUCUGACUAUAGAGCAAAAUUUUACCCAUGCUGUGCUGCACACGUAUGGAGUGAAUGACAUCCUUACUGCCAACAAUGUGAGCGGAAUGGUGGACAGCUGCGGGAAGGCGAUGGACUUCCGCACACACUUUAACAAGUGUAUAUCCAGUGAAGAUAUCUUUGCACAUUAUGGAAACAAAAUCACAGAUAAAAACUUUCAGGAUGCCUGUCCUGCUCUUUUAUACUUAGUCUUUUCUCACCCGUGUGGAGAUGGAGAAAUAACCGAUCAAAGGCCUACUCCUGCCCAAGUUUGGGGAUACGGUUUUCUGACUGUAACAAUUAUUAAUCUGACGGCAUUGGUGGGAUUAUUUAUAACCCCUCUUGUAAAGAAGCCUUACUUUCCAAAGGUAUUGACUUACUUUGUUGGACUGGCCAUUGGAACUUUGUUUUCAAAUGCAAUAUUUCAACUGAUCCCAGAAGCAUUUGGAUUUGACCCCAAAAUUGAUAAUUACAUUUCAAAAGCAGUGGCUAUUUUUGGAGGAUUCUACAUUCUACUGUUUGUUGAGAGGAUACUGAAAUUGUCUCUGAACAUCUAUGGUGAAGGAGUUCAUACCCACUUAGAAAUUGACAAGCCGCCGCAGGAAAUACAUAAAGAGCGCGCAAAAUGCAAAACUGUCAAUGGAGCCACCAUGUUUGCAAAUUCAAAUACAACAGAAUUGAAUGGUGCAAUCAACAUUGAUCAAGUCAGUGUGGUGUCAAAGGAAUCAGAUGAAGAAACAAAUUGUUGCAGAUUCAGAAAAUGGACUCCAAUGAAGGAGAUUGGAACAUUAGCUUGGAUGAUUACAUUAAGUGAUGCCCUGCAUAACUUUAUUGAUGGGCUUGCCAUUGGGGCUUCAUUUACGUUAUCUCCUUUGCAAGGCCUGAGCACAUCUAUUGCCAUUCUAUGUGAAGAGUUUCCCCAUGAGUUUGGUGAUUUUGCAAUCUUGCUGAAUGCAGGAAUGAGUAUUCCCCAAGCUAUGUUCUUCAAUUUUAUUUCUGCUUGCUCUUGUUACUUUGGUUUGGUUAUUGGAAUUCUAGUGGGAAACAACUUUGAACCAAAUAUCAUAUUUGGACUUGCUGGAGGCAUGUUUCUGUAUAUUGGACUGGCAGACAUGUUUCCUGAAAUGAAUGAAAUGCUCAAAGAUAAGAUAAAAGGAAGAAAAAGUGACAUGAUCUAUUUUGCCAUUCAGAAUGCUGGUUUGCUUUCUGGGUUUGCUAUCAUUCUAUUAAUAACCCUGUAUGCUGGAGAAAUUAGGCUGGAUUAGUAUAUUUUCCUCUAAGGACUAAAUACCCAAGAUGCUACAAGAGAA